ACAUGCGUGCACUCAUAUACCUUGAACAAUUUCACCUACCACAUGUUAUAGAAAUGGAGUUACAAGCUGUUUUCCUGGUAGCAGUGAGUUGUCUGGGUUUUGUUUCUCUUUGCAAGCAUAUCUUCUGUUUUCUCAAGUGGAUAUGGGACAUGUUCUUGAGACCACCAAAGAAUUUGAAGGAGUAUGGCUCUUGGGCUAUAAUCACUGGCUCCACCGACGGGAUAGGCAAAGCCCUUGCUUUCGAGCUAGCAUCGAAGGGUCUUAACCUUGUUCUUGUUGGUCGAAACCCUUCAAAACUUGAAGCUACAUCAAAUGAAAUACGGGCAAGAUUUGGUGAUCAGCAAGUAGACAUAAAAAAUGUUGUGGCUGACUUUGCAACAUUGAGCGGACCGGAGAUAUCAAAGGCAAUGGAGGGAAGUAUUAAAGAGUUGGAUGUUGGUGUUCUGAUAAACAACGCUGGAGUUUCAUACCCUAAUGCUCGGUUCUUUCAUGAGGUUGACUGGAAGAUGACGGAGAGUCUUAUCAAGGUGAAUUCAGAGGCAGCAACUUGGGUCACUAGGGCAGUGCUUCCUGCUAUGUUAAAGAAGAAAAAAGGUGCAAUAGUCAAUAUGGGCUCUGGCUCCGUCGCCGUCCUUCCUUCAUUCCCAUUGUUCGCCAUUUAUGCCUCAACCAAAGCGUACCUUGGAAUGUUUUCAAGAUGCAUCAAUUUGGAGUAUAAGCAUCAUGGAAUUGACAUUCAAUGCCAGGUACCACUUUUUGUGGCAACGAAGAUGACGAAGUUCAAAAAAUCUCUUUUCUUGAUUGCAUCACCGGAAAUGUACGCCAAAGCAAGCAUAAGAUGCAUUGGCUAUGAGCAUCUGAGCAUGCCACUUUGCUCGCACUCUGUGCAAAGGUUUAUCGUAGACGCAUUGCCUAAUGCACUACUAGAUUGGUGCACUUACCAUUUUUUUCUUCGGCUUCGCCGGAAGAGAUUGGAGAAGGAAUCCUUGAGAGCUAAGGGUCGAGCAGCAGCACAAACUUAAUGAAUUAUACAUGGAUACUGCAAGGGGUUUUUGAAAUUAUAAAUGUCAGGUGUUCGGUAUAAUAUUGCUGUGCUAGACUCAUUUCGAAAUUAAAAAAUCCUCUUUCCAUGUUUAUUAGAAA